AAUUCACUUGAGUGACUAAUACCGUGGCAUCGAGUUCGGUCAGUCUGUUUUUGUGAUCGGUUUUAUAGAAUAUUCACUCAAAUGAGAAUCUAAUCAAAUCUAAUAAGAAUGGGCGACUCCUUGGAGGCCAGUGAAACUGGCUCGGAGACGCAGAAUCUAGUGGUUGUCGAACUGAAAGAUUUUAUCAAUUACGUGCGGCAUGCGGCCCAGGUGCUCCUGCCGGAAGACGACGGCCAUUCAGAAUCGCCGGCGUUAACCGUUGCACUUGAAGAUAAGAACAACCUUGAUUGCCUGGCCAAGUUCAUCGGGGAGUCGCAGGCCAGCACUUUGUUCAUUCAACGCAAUUCGUCAAAAGAUGACGACGAUCAGACAGAAGGCGAGGAGGAAAAAGAACCAAUCACUUACUACAUCAGCAAUGAGGUCCAUUAUACCAAUUCCAAAAUGUCUAGUAUUAUCAUUAUCAAGCGCGGGGCCGUUAUUGAGGCUGAUAAGAGCAUUCGGUCUCAAGUACGGGUGAUGAAUUUUAGUGAAGGUUCCCCAUAUGAAAACCUACAUUCCUAUAUCAGCAAAACAGUCGCGCCCUUCUUCAAAUCCUAUGUGAAGGAAUCAGGUCGUGCUGAUAGGGACGGGGACAAGAUGGCACCUAAUGUUGAGAAAACCAUUGCUGAGCUGGAGAUGGGCUUAUUGCAUUUGCAACAGAACAUCGAUAUACCAGAUGUGACGCUUCCACCCCAUCCAAAUGUUGCUAGCAUGAUCAAGCAGUGUGCGGAUGAAGGGCGUAAACCAAAGAUCGCAGAUUUUGGAGAUAAAUUGGAAGAUUCAAACUUCCUCAACGCUUUGCAAAAUGGCGUCAACAGGUGGAUAAAAGAUAUUCAGAAGGUCACGAAAUUAGAUAGAGAUCCAUCUUCAGGAACAGCACUACAAGAAAUCAAUUUCUGGUUGAACUUGGAGAGGGCAUUGCACAGAAUUCAGGAGAAACGCGAAGGUUUAGAAGUUGCGCUUACUCUAGAGAUUUUAAAACAUGGUAAACGUUUCCAUGCCACUGUUUCUUUUGACACUGAUACUGGAUUGAAGCAAGCGUUGGCUACGGUUAACAACUACAAUCCGUUGAUGAAAGAUUUCCCGAUUCAUGAUCUUUUGUCUGCUACCGAACUGGAGCGCAUUCGUGCUUCUGUUCAGUUGAUUUUCUCACAUCUAAGAAAAGUUAAAGCGACUAAAUAUCCGAUUCAGCGCUGUCUUCGAUUGGUGGAAGCCGUGUCCAGGGACCUCGGAGGGCAAUUACUUAAAGUUCUCGGCACACGAAGACUUGUUCAUAUUCCAUUCGACGAGUUUGAAAAAGUAAUGACUCAAUGUUUCGAGGUAUUCUCAACAUGGGAAGAUGAAUACGAGAAACUACAGGGAUUACUUCGUGAUAUCGUUAAGAAGAAACGCGAUGAACAACUUAAAAUGGUGUGGCGUUUGUCAGCGCAACAUAAGAAGCUGCAGACGCGAAUGGAGCAAAUUCGCAAAUUUCGCCGACAACAUGAGCAGUUGCGCACUGUUAUUGUGCGUGUUUUACGCCCAUCUAUUCGGGAUGUGUCCUCUUUCAAUGAGGCAGACAUGGCUGAUCUUGAAGCACCGAAACCCGACACUUUUACCGUUGACGCUGCCGAUGCCAAUGCAAUUGAAGAAGUCAACUUAGCAUACGAGAAUGUAAAAGAAGUCGAUUGUUUGGAUAUCUCGAAGGAAGGUCAGGAUGCCUGGGAUGCUGCAGUUCAGCGUUACGAGGAGCGCAUUGAUCGUGUAGAAGCGCGGAUCACAGCUCAUCUGCGCGAUCAGCUUGGCACUGCGAAGAAUGCAAAUGAAAUGUUCCGCAUUUUUUCGCGUUUUAACGCAUUAUUCGUGCGACCUCACAUUCGCGGAGCUAUCAGGGAGUACCAAACACAUUUGAUACAGCGUGUCAAGGACGAUAUUGAAGCACUACAUGAAAAAUUCAAAGUGCAAUAUCCGGCGAGUAAUUGCGCCCGGAAUAGCAAGGUCCGCGAUCUCCCGCCCGUUGCGGGAUCGAUUAUUUGGGCGAAACAAAUUGAUCACCAACUGACAACUUAUUUACGGCGAGUCGAGGAUGUUUUGGGCAAGGGAUGGGAAAACCACAUUGAUGGGCAAAAAUUAAAGUCCGAUGGUGAUAGUUUUCGCUCCAAAUUGAAGACUGAAGUCAUCUUUGAAGAUUGGGCCAAGAACGUGCAAGCUAGAAAUCUUGGGGUGGCCGGUAGAAUCUUUAUCAUCGAAGCCGUGCGAUCGCGGAGUGGGCGAGGAAAUGUUCUGAAGUUGAAGGUCAACUUUUUACCUGAAAUUAUCACACUGUCGAAGGAAGUGCGAAAUAUGAAGGUGCUAGGAUUCCGGGUACCGCUUGCGAUUGUCAACAAAGCACACACCGCCAAUCUGAUGUAUCCGUUUGCUAUCUCUUUGAUUGAAAGCAUUCGUGCUUACGAGAUGACUUUAGACAAGCUGAACCGGAAUUUGCUCCCCGGAGCCAACAAGAUUGAAGAUAAAGCCAGCAUUGUGCCACUCGUCGCGGGAAUGCGCAAGGAUGUUCAAGUUCUGAUCGCUGAAGGUAUUCAACUCGUGUGGGAAAGCUACAAACUGGAACCGUACUCCCAACGUUUGUCGGAUGCGAUCGUAAACUUUCAAGAACGCGUUGAAGAGCUGGUGAUUGUUGGUGAACAACUGGAAGUUGACGUGCGCUCCUUAGAGACAUGCCCUUACUCAGCACAAACAUUCGCUGAGAUUUUGGCAAAGAUUCAACACUCCGUAGAUGAUUUGUCACUGAAGCAAUACUCCAAUUUGCAUAUUUGGGUUGCCCGCCUUGACGAAGAAGUCGAGAAGAAUCUAGCGGCUCGCCUUCAGGCUGGAAUCCAAGCGUGGACAAACGCUCUCACUGGAAACAUCAAAGAAGUCGACACUACUAUGGACACCGACGCACCAGCGCAACCUACACACAAACCUGGGGGUGAUCCUGAGAUUAAAACCGUGGUGCACGAAGUUCGUAUCACUAAUCAGACGAUGUAUCUAUUCCCGAGCAUCGAAGAAGCGCGCUUCCAAAUAAUGCAGCAGAUGUUUGCCUGGCAAGCAAUUGUCACUUCGCAGCAGCGUUUGCAAAGCACUCGGUAUCAGGUCGGAGUUGAUAAACACGGCAACGAAAGCUACCGAAAAAUUCUAACUAAGUUGCCUGGUGGGACCAAGCCGCUGGAGGAUGCCUACCGUGCAAUUUCAGACAAGAUCAAUGAGAUUCAAAACUACGUCAAUAAAUGGUUAACUUAUCAAGCGUUGUGGGAUUUGCAGGCCGAUAAUUUGUACGGUAAACUGGGGGUAGAGAUUACCAAGUGGAUGCAGUGUCUUAACGAUAUCAAGAAAACACGAACUACUUUUGACACGUCCGAUACUAGAAUGGAGUUUGGUCCCGUAAUCAUUGAUUUCGCCAAGGUGCAGAGUAAAGUGUCUCUUAAAUACGAUUCGUGGCAUAAGGAAACUUUAAGUAAGUUUGGCUCCCUCUUGAGCAACGAAAUGACCCAAUUCCACACGGAUGUAUCCAAGUCCAGAAAUGAUUUGGAGUCGCAGAGCAUUGAGGCGGCAUCUACAUCGGAUGCUGUCAAUUUGAUUACAUAUGUGCAGAAUUUGAAGCGGAAUAUGAAGUCUUGGGAAAAGCAAGUAUCUACUUAUCGUGAAGGACAACGCAUUUUGGAACGCCAACGUUUCCAAUUUCCGAAUAAUUGGCUGCAUGUUGAGAACUUGGAGGGUGAAUGGAGUGCAUUUAACGAGAUCAUCAAGCGCAAGGAUAACACUAUUCAAACGCAGGUGGCGAGCAUUCAGCAGAAGAUUAUGUCUGAGGAUAAGGCCGUUGAAAGCCGCACUAAUGAUUUCCUUGGAGAUUGGGAGCGCUGUAAACCAAUCGAGGGACAUCUCCGACCUGACGAAGCACUGGUACAACUUCAGUUGUUCGAAAGCAAAUUUGCUCGCCUCAAAGAAGAGCGCGACAAGGUAGCUAGGGCUAAAGAAGCGCUUGAAUUACAAGAAACCGGUGGAAUCAACACCAGCGAAGAUAAAAUGCAGGUCGUGUUCGAAGAGUUGCAGGAUCUGCGUGGCGUCUGGUCAGAAUUGUCCAAGAUCUGGACACAAAUUGAUGAAACUCGCGAAAAGCCCUGGCUCUCAGUACAGCCGCGCAAACUUCGCCAACAGUUGGACGCGAUGUCCGCUCAACUUAAAGAAUUACCGGCCAGGCUGCGUCAAUACGCUUCAUACGAAUAUGUUAAGAAAACAUUACAGACAUAUACAAAGGUGAAUAUGAUGAUUGUCGAGUUGAAGUCUGACGCACUGAAAGAACGCCAUUGGAAACAACUUAUGCGUCACUUGCGAGUUAGUUGGAUCUUGUCCGACCUGACACUGGGACAAGUAUGGAAUGUCAAUUUACAGAAGAACGAACAAGUUGUUAAAGAGGUGAUUCAAGUGGCGCAAGGUGAGAUGGCUCUGGAAGAAUUUUUGAAACAGGUACGCGAGAGUUGGCAGACUUACGAGCUGGAUUUGAUAAACUAUCAAAGCAAGACGAAACUUAUCAGAGGUUGGGAUGAUUUGUUCAAUAAAGUUAAAGAACACAUCAAUUCGGUGGCUGCUAUGAAGCUAUCUCCGUAUUAUAAGGUCUUUGAAGAGGAAGCUUUAACAUGGGAGGAAAAACUGAAUAGAAUAAAUGCUCUGUUUGAUGUGUGGAUUGAUGUGCAACGGCGAUGGGUUUAUUUGGAAGGCAUCUUUUCUGGCAGUGCUGACAUCAAAACGUUAUUACCUGUGGAAACAUCAAGAUUUCAAAGCAUUAGCUCGGAAUUUUUGGGACUUAUGAAGAAAGUGAGUAAAUCACCAAUGGUUAUGGACGUACUCAACAUACAGGGAGUGCAGAAAGCCCUCGAAAGACUUGCUGAUUUGCUAGGCAAGAUUCAAAAGGCGUUGGGUGAAUACCUUGAGCGCGAGCGUACUUCUUUCCCUCGCUUUUAUUUCGUCGGCGAUGAAGAUUUGCUGGAAAUUAUUGGCAACAGUAAAAAUAUUGCCCGCUUGCAAAAACACUUUAAGAAAAUGUUUGCCGGAGUGGCAUCAAUUCUUCUCAACGAAGAUAGCACCGUGAUUCUGGGUAUUGCUUCUCGGGAGGGUGAAGAAGUACGUUUCUUGAAUGCGAUUUCAACUGUGGAACAUCCCAAGAUUAACGAAUGGCUAACAAUGGUGGAGAAGGAAAUGCGCGUUACUUUGGCGUCUAGUCUAGCGCAGGCUGUACAAGAUAUUAAGCAGUUUAAGGAUAACAUUGACUCAAAAGCAUUCAUCAAUUGGGUGGACAAGUACGAGGCGCAGAUUGUGGUGUUGGCGGCGCAAAUUCUUUGGAGUGAAGAUGUUGAAGCUGCCCUGGUCAAGAUGAACAGCGAACCACAGAAGGGAGUUCUUGAGCAGGUCCUUCAACAUGUUGAGAAUACACUAAAUGUUCUUGCUGAUUCAGUGCUGCAAGAGCAGCCGCAACUUCGUCGAAAGAAAUUGGAACAUUUGAUCAAUGAAUUCGUUCAUAAACGCACUGUGACACGGAAAUUAAUAACCAACGGAAUAUGCAGUAGCAAAGCCUUUGAAUGGCUUUGUGAAAUGCGUUUCUACUUCGAUCCACGACAGUCUGAAGUUCUCAAACAACUCACCAUACAUAUGGCAAACGCAAGAUUUUAUUAUGGAUUUGAAUAUCUUGGCGUCCAGGAUCGUCUGGUGCAAACACCUCUUACGGAUCGUUGUUACUUAACAAUGACGCAAGCUUUGGAGGCGAGGCUUGGCGGUUCACCCUUCGGUCCCGCCGGCACUGGAAAAACUGAAUCUGUCAAGGCUUUGGGCAACCAACUCGGUCGUUUUGUACUCGUAUUUAACUGCGAUGAAACCUUUGACUUCCAAGCGAUGGGUCGGAUUUUCGUUGGGUUGUGCCAAGUUGGUGCAUGGGGCUGUUUCGACGAGUUCAAUCGUCUCGAGGAACGUAUGCUGUCCGCCGUAUCGCAACAAGUACAGACCAUUCAGGAGGCACUCAAAUCCCAACGCGAAUCAGGGCAGGAUAAUCUUUCCAGCGGCAGCAUUAGCGUCGAGUUGGUUGGCAAACAAGUGAGGGUAUCACCCGACAUGGCCAUUUUCAUCACUAUGAAUCCGGGCUAUGCUGGCCGCAGCAACUUACCAGAUAACUUGAAGAAACUCUUCCGAUCUCUUGCAAUGACUACACCAGAUCGUCAACUUAUUGCGGAAGUGAUGUUAUUCUCGCAAGGUUUUCGCAGUGCUGAAAAACUCGCCUCAAAGAUUGUUCCUUUCUUCAAACUUUGUGAUGAACAAUUGUCAAACCAAUCGCAUUACGACUUUGGCCUACGAGCGCUGAAAUCUGUACUCGUGUCGGCUGGUAAUGUAAAGCGGGAUCGCAUCAUGAGGAUAAAAGAAAAUAUGCGUCAACGUGGGGAAACUAAUAUUGAUGAAGCGAGCAUUGCUGAGAAUUUGCCGGAACAAGAGAUUUUAAUUCAAUCCGUAUGUGAGACCAUGGUACCGAAAUUGGUCGCUGAGGACAUUCCACUGCUGUUUAGUUUGUUAAGUGACGUCUUCCCGAACGUUCAGUACACCAGAGCAGAGAUGAAAGGAUUGAAGGACGAAAUUCGUAAAGUAUGUCAAGAGGAGUAUUUAGUCUGCGGGGAAGGAGAGGAACAGGGCUCGGCUUGGAUGGAAAAGAAGGGUAUUAUUGGAGAUACCUGGAUAGAGAAGGUACUCCAACUAUAUCAAAUCUCCAACUUGAAUCAUGGUCUGAUGAUGGUGGGCCCGAGUGGUUCUGGCAAGAGUUCAGCAUGGCACGUAUUGCUAAAGGCUUUGGAACGCUUUGAAGGAAUCGAAGGCGUUGCUCACGUGAUCGAUCCUAAAGCAAUCAGCAAGGAAGCGUUGUAUGGUGUCUUGGACCCAAACACACGAGAAUGGACCGAUGGAUUAUUCACGCAUAUCUUGCGUAAGAUCAUCGACAACGUGCGUGGCGAAAUUAACAAACGGCAAUGGAUUAUCUUUGAUGGUGAUGUAGAUCCCGAAUGGGUCGAAAACUUGAACUCUGUUCUCGAUGACAACAAACUACUUACUCUACCGAAUGGUGAGCGAUUGUCGUUGCCUCCGAACGUUCGCAUCAUGUUUGAGGUGCAAGAUUUGAAGUAUGCUACGUUGGCGACUGUUUCGCGUUGCGGUAUGGUUUGGUUCUCGGAGGACGUGCUAUCGACAGAAAUGAUUUUCGAGCAUUUCAUUAUGUCACUGAAUAGCAUUCCAUUGGAGGAAGGUGAUGAUGACACUUUUGGCAAGAAAAGCAAAGUUGAUUCAGACGAAACACUUAAUCCUACGCUGCAACUACAAAACGAAGUUGCAAAAAUUUUACAACCUUUCUUGCAACCCGACGGUUUGGUUAUCAAAUGUUUGGAAUAUGCCAUGGAACAAGAACACAUCAUGGAUUUUACACGAUUGAGAGCACUGAGUUCACUCUUCUCAAUGUUGAAUCAGUGCGUUCGAAACGUACUGAAUUAUAAUCAUGCGCACUCCGAUUUUCCGUUACCAGCUGAACAGCUCGAACAGUAUAUACCAAAAUGCUUGAUUUAUUCAUUGCUAUGGAGUUUUGCUGGCGAUGCCAAGCUUAAAGUACGUUCUGAUUUGGGCGAUUUUAUCAGAAGUGUGACUACGGUUCCGUUGCCACCAGUGUCUAAUAUUCCGAUUGUGGACUAUGAGGUAAAUAUAAAUGGGGAUUGGCAACCGUGGUCAAACAAAGUACCUCAAAUCGAAGUGGAAACACAUAAGGUUGCUUCUCCAGAUAUUGUCGUACCGACUUUGGAUACUGUCCGUCAUGAGUCUUUAUUAUACACCUGGCUAGCGGAGCACAAACCGUUAGUACUUUGUGGCCCUCCUGGUUCUGGCAAAACAAUGACCCUAUUUUCUGCCUUGCGGGCUUUACCAGACAUGGAAGUCGUGGGAUUGAAUUUUUCAUCCGCCACAACUCCGGAGUUACUCUUGAAAACGUUCGAUCAUUAUUGCGAAUAUCGUAAAACGCCAAACGGUAUGGUGUUGUCUCCAGUCCAGUUGGGUAAAUGGUUGGUACUCUUCUGCGAUGAAAUCAAUCUGCCAGAUAUGGACAACUACGGUACACAACGUGUUAUUAUGUUCCUGCGUCAAUUGGUGGAGCAGAAAGGAUUUUACCGGGCAUCCGACCAAACUUGGGUUUCAUUGGAGCGCAUUCAGUUUGUUGGUGCUUGCAAUCCUCCGACGGAUCCUGGGAGAAAGCCUUUAUCCCAUCGAUUCAUGAGACAUGUACCUGUUAUUUACGUCGAUUAUCCUGGAGAAACAUCAUUAAAGCAAAUUUAUGGCACAUUCACGCGCGCAAUGCUUCGAUUGAUGCCUGCCCUUCGCGGUUACGCCGAACCUUUGACAAACGCAAUGGUAGAAUUCUACUUGGCAUCGCAGGAUAAAUUUACCCAAGACAUGCAACCGCACUAUGUUUAUUCACCGCGUGAGAUGACCAGAUGGGUGCGCGGUAUAUGCGAGGCCAUUCGCCCGUUGGAUAAUCUUCCGAUCGAAGGACUUGUUCGUUUAUGGGCUCACGAGGCAUUGAGAUUGUUCCAAGACAGGUUGGUUGAAGAUGUUGAGAGGCGUUGGACCAAUGAUAACAUCGAUGCUGUGGCACAGAAGCAUUUCCCGUCUGCGAAUUGUGAUUCUGCAUUAGAGCGACCUAUUUUGUACAGCAACUGGUUGUCGAAGGACUAUGUUCCUGUUGAGAGAGAUCGUCUUAGAGAUUACGUCAAGGCAAGGCUAAAGAUAUUCUACGAAGAGGAACUGGAUGUACCACUGGUGCUGUUUGAUGAAGUAUUGGAUCACGUGCUGAGGAUUGAUCGAAUAUUUAGGCAACCGCAGGGUCAUCUAUUGCUAAUUGGAGUAUCUGGUGCCGGCAAAACAACAUUAUCUCGAUUUGUUGCAUGGAUGAAUGGACUGUCCGUCUUCCAAAUUAAAGUUCACAAUAAAUACACCGCUGAAGACUUCGAUGAAGAUUUGCGUCAAGUUUUGCGCCGCAGCGGCUGCAAGGAUGAAAAGAUCGCAUUCAUUCUCGAUGAAUCCAAUAUGUUGGACUCGAGUUUCUUAGAACGCAUGAAUACUUUGUUGGCAAACGGGGAAGUGCCCGGCUUAUUUGAAGGGGACGAAUACACUACAUUAAUGACUCAGUGCAAAGAAGGCGCACAGCGCGAAGGCCUAAUGCUGGAUUCUAAUGAUGAACUGUAUAAAUGGUUCACCGGUCAGGUGAUGCGCAACUUGCACGUUGUCUUUACUAUGAAUCCGUCAACAGAUGGACUGAAGGAUCGGGCUGCAACAUCACCCGCCUUGUUCAAUCGUUGCGUUUUGAAUUGGUUUGGAGAUUGGUCUGACGGAGCACUUUUCCAGGUAGGCAAGGAGUUCACUAAUCGUGUUGACUUGGAUCGACCGAACUGGAAGAUUCCUGAUUUCUUCCCGUCAGCAUGCAAUAGAAUUUCUACUACACCUACACAUCGUGAAGCAGUUAUAAAUGCGUUUGUUUAUGUUCAUCAAACUCUUCACAAGGCCAAUGCUCGACUUGGUAAGCGGGGAAGUCGCACGAUGGCAAUCACGCCAAGGCAUUACCUCGACUUUAUUCAUCAUUUCGUGAAACUACACAACGAAAAACGUUCUGACUUGGAGGAGCAGCAAUACCAUCUGAACGUUGGUUUAAGUAAGAUUGCUGAGACCGUCGUGCAGGUUGAAGACAUGCAAAAGAGUUUAGCCGUGAAAUCGCAAGAAUUACAAGCCAAGAAUGAAGCUGCUAAUGCCAAACUGAAGCAGAUGGUCAAAGAUCAACAGGAGGCGGAAAAGAAGAAGGUACAGAGCCAGGAAAUUCAGCAACAACUGGCAUUGCAAACAGUGCAUAUUGAACAGAAGCGUACUGAAGUUAUGGCUGAUCUCGCACAAGUCGAACCUGCUGUAGUUGAUGCCCAAGCUGCCGUGAAAUCGAUCAAGAAGCAGCAAUUAGUUGAAAUUCGAACAAUGGCGAAUCCACCUGCUGUUGUCAAGCUGGCACUUGAAUCCAUUUGUCUACUGCUCGGCGAAAACGCCAGUGAUUGGAAGUCUAUUCGUGCAGUCAUUAUGCGCGAUAACUUUAUCAAUACUAUUGUAUCUAACUUUAACACAGAAGAUAUAACUGAUGACGUACGCGAAAAAAUGAGAAGUCGUUACCUGAGCAACCCAGAUUACAACUUUGAGAAAGUUAACCAUGCUAGUAACGCUUGUGGUCCUCUUGUGAAAUGGGCUUUGGCACAGAUUCUGUACGCCGAUAUGUUGAAGAAGGUAGAGCCACUUCGCGAAGAAUUGAACUCAUUGGAGGUGCAAGCAGAAACUAAUAAGAAGCGUGGCGAUGAAAUGAAGAACCUCAUCAGUCAAUUGGAGCAGAGUAUUGCAUCCUAUAAGGAAGAAUAUGCUCAAUUGAUCGCCCAAGCGCAGGCCAUCAAGAGCGAUUUGGAAAAUGUGCAGGCAAAGGUAGAUCGUUCUAUUGCUCUGAUUAAAUCUUUGGUUAUCGAACGGGAACGCUGGGAAGCAACGAGCGAGACGUUCCGAUCGCAAAUGUCUACAAUUCUUGGUGAUGUUCUUCUGACGUCUGCUUUUAUUGCGUAUGGUGGUUAUUUCGAUCAGCAUUAUCGUCAAAAUUUGUUUACAACUUGGACUCAACAUCUCACCCAGGCGGGCAUUCAAUACAGACCUGAUAUUGCCCGUACCGAAUACUUGUCUAAUCCAGAUGAACGUCUUCGCUGGCAGGCAAAUGCCCUUCCAACGGAUGAUCUGUGCACUGAAAAUGCAAUUAUGAUUAAACGCUUUAACCGUUACCCACUUAUAAUCGAUCCAUCUGGCCAGGCCACCGAGUUCAUCAUGAAUGAAUUCAAAGAAAAGCGCAUCACCAAGACUAGCUUCUUGGACGACUCAUUCCGCAAGAAUUUGGAGUCAGCUCUACGAUUUGGUAAUCCUCUGCUAGUGCAGGAUGUUGAAAACUAUGAUCCGAUUUUGAAUCCCGUACUGAACAGAGAAUUGCGCAGAACUGGCGGACGAGUGUUGAUUACCCUUGGUGAUCAGGAUAUUGAUCUCUCGCCUACAUUUGUUAUAUUCCUUUCGACUAGGGAUCCGACCGUGGAGUUCCCACCAGAUAUUUGUUCGAGAGUUACAUUUGUCAACUUUACUGUGACUAGAAGCUCAUUGCAGAGUCAGUGUUUGAACAAGGUACUUAAAGCGGAGCGCCCCGAUAUUGAUGAGAAGCGUUCAGAUUUGCUGAAAUUGCAAGGUGAGUUCCACUUGCGUUUGAGACAGUUGGAGAAAUCUUUGUUGCAAGCACUUAACGACGCUAAGGGUAAGAUUCUGGACGAUGAUAGUGUGAUUACAACACUGGAAACACUCAAGCAGGAGGCCGCUGAGAUUGGCCAAAAGGUGGAGGAAACCGAUAAGGUAAUCUCAGAGAUUGAAACUGUGUCCCAACAAUAUUUGCCACUUUCUCAGGCGUGCAGUAAUACAUACUUCACCAUGGACAGCUUGAAUCAAGUUCAUUUCUUGUAUCAGUAUUCACUGAAAAUGUUUUUGGACAUGUUCAGCAGUGUGCUGCUGAGUAAUCCACGUCUAGAGGCUCUUUCCGAUCACCAAGCCAGGUUAAAAAUUAUUACGCAAGAUUUAUUCUCCGUUUGCUAUGAGCGCGUAGCACGUGGUAUGCUACACACGGAUCGUCUUACAUUGGCUCUACUAUUGUGUCGCAUUCAUCUCAAAGGUGUUGCAAACGAACCGAAUUUGGACGAAGAGUUCAACUUCUUUUUGCGCUGCAAAGAGGGUGUCUUUAACAGGCAGGACGGGGAAGUUAUUGAUGGUCUGUUGAGCGAACAACAGGAAGCUCUGAUGAGAUUGGCAUCACGCCUGUCUGCGUUUAGAAAGUUGCCGGAGAAAAUACAAGAAAUGCCAGAGUUUUCAGCGUGGAUACAACAGGGUACCCCAGAGCAAAAUGUACCACGAUUGUGGCAAGAAGAAAAGCCUCUGAGUUCCAUUGGUACGGCAAUGUACCAGAUGUUGCUAAUACAAGCAUUCAGGCCUGAUCGGGUGAUUGCGGCGGCACAUGUUUUUGUCGAUGCUGUUUUGGGAGACAACUACAUGCAGAAGGCGGAAGAUGAGCUUGAUUUUGGUGCGGUUGUCGAGAAGGAACUACGUGCCAACGUGCCGGCAUUGCUUUGUUCCGUUCCUGGAUUUGACGCUUCCGGGAGGGUGGAUGAUCUUGCAGCCGAGUUGAAUAAACAAAUAUCGAGUAUCGCUAUUGGAUCUGCUGAAGGUUUCAACCAAGCCGAACGCGCCAUAAACAUGGCCUGCAAGACAGGUCGUUGGGUUAUGCUGAAAAAUGUACAUUUGGCGCCGCAAUGGUUGGUACAACUCGAGAAAAAGUUGCAUUCGUUGCAGCCACAUGCAAACUUCCGUCUAUUCCUAACAAUGGAGAUUAAUCCUAAAUUACCGGUUAAUUUGUUGAGAGCUGGAAGAAUCUUCGUAUUUGAACCACCGCCAGGUAUUCGAGCGAACUUGUUGCGCACGUUUAGUACGGUUCCGGCUAGUCGCAUGAUGAAAGCCCCUAGUGAACGCGCUCGAUUGUACUUCUUACUGGCCUGGUUCCACUCCAUCGUACAAGAACGAUUGCGUUAUGUACCCCUGGGUUGGGCUAAAUAUUACGAGUUCAAUGAGUCCGAUCUGCGAGUGGCUUGCGAUACUUUGGACACUUGGAUUGAGAGCACUGCGAUGGGACGCACAAACUUGCCGCCAGAGAAAGUACCAUGGGAUGCACUUGUUACUUUGCUGUCCCAAUCAAUUUACGGUGGCAAAAUUGAUAACGUAUUCGAUCAACGACUUCUACAUUCUUUCCUCACUAAACUAUUUACACCUCACAGUUUUGAAGUGGACUUUGCUCUUGUUGGUAACAUCGAUGGGAGCUCGAAUUCUAAUAGAAACAUUACAAUGCCUGACGGUACCCGUCGUGAUCAUUUCUUGAAGUGGAUCGAGUCUCUAGUAGAAAGGCAGACACCUAGUUGGCUUGGACUCCCGAACAAUGCGGAGAAAGUGUUGCUUACAACACGGGGGACUGACUUAAUUAGCAACUUACUGAAGAUGCAGCAGUUAGAGGACGAUGACGAGCUCGCUUACAGCGUUGAAGACAUUUCGCAAGAACAUCCUGAACAAGGUGAUGGCAGGCCGUCUUGGAUGAAGACGCUGCACAAUUCAGCCGAAACAUGGUUGAAAUUGUUGCCGAAGAGCUUGAACACGUUAAAACGUACUGUGGAAAACAUUAAAGAUCCGUUGUAUCGUUACUUUGAACGAGAAGUCAACUGUGGAUCCAAGCUGCUCAUCGAAGUUAUUCACGACUUGAACGAUGUAGUCAUGAUCUGUCAGGCAACGAAGAAACAGACGAAUUAUCACCGUGUAAUGAUCAGCGAACUGGUUCGAGGCAUGUUGCCGGGUAACUGGCGCAGAUACACUGUUCCGCGGGGAUGCACUGUCAUUCAAUGGAUUACCGAUUUUAGUCAGCGUGUUAAGCAGCUGCAAGAAGUUUCUAGUUUGGUAUCUAGCGCUGGCGCAAAGGAGCUUCAAAGCUUCCCUGUAUGGCUGGGAGGUCUCUUAAAUCCGGAAGCUUAUAUUACUGCGACAAGGCAAUGUGUGGCACAAGCUAAUAGCUGGCCAUUGGAGGAAUUACAACUUGAUGUAACGAUUACCGAUACCCAAGAUAAGAGCAAGGUCCCAUCAGACUGUUUUGCUGUCGUUGGUGUUAAGUUGCAGGGUGCACAAUGCAAGAAUAAUCAACUGCUUCUUACUUCCAGCAUUAUGAUUGAAUUGCCAAUCACGCUUUUGCGCUGGGUACGUGUAGUGAGCGGUGACAAACUUUUAAAUGGGAGAUUGUCACUACCAGUAUAUUUGAAUUCGACUCGUACGGAAUUGCUAUUUACAGUGGAUUUAAAUAUUUCGCCUGGACAAGAUCCACACAGCUUCUACGAGCGAGGGGUAGCUUUACUUACAUCAACUUCAUUGAAUUAAUAAAAAAUAAUACGGUUUUUAAGAGUAUGUAGUUUAUUAGUUUUAAAACAAUUAAUUAUUUGAAUACAAUGUACGCAAAAUAAAAUGCUUUAACAUAAUGGAAACAAA